GAUAGCAUCCUGGCUCUCAUGCGCAUGCGUUUGCGUCACCACUGUCUGACUGAAUCAAGCUAUGAUUUAGCGAUCUCAAAACGCUGGGAUAGGGGUUAUACUCGUCAUUCGACUGAGGGCGAUUCAAUCAAGCGCAUUGCUUCAACAGGCUUGGUAUCACAUCAAAUACAAGAACUGUCCUUCGGAAUAGUACCCGGAACGAAAUCUGGUCUGAUCUAAUAUUUUCAUACGCGGUUGAUUUUUUUCUAUCAAGAAUCAUCAUGGAAGGCGGCUGGACGCAAAUAUGCCUGCUGUUGGUGACAUCGUUGCUGGUUGUUAUGGAAGCUGAAGCACAGGCAUGCAGCAAACGUUUCAGUCUUUGGGACCCAAACCAUUCAAUGUGUCAGAAGGUUUCACCCGACCUAGAGAAAUCAGUCAUACCUUCUGGGGCGGAGAGGACAAGCAUUGUUGACGAGCACAACAAAUUUAGAGCGGGAGUGACCCCAACUGCGACAAACAUGGAGAAAAUGUAUUGGGAUGGUGAACUUGCCGAGAUGGUAAAUGGCUGGCUAUCGACGUGCGUCGGGAUGGUACACGACAAGGGGUCGCAAAGGUUCAGCCCAGGGAAGUACAGUGUUGGCCAAAAUCUGGCCAUGGGGUCAUUCUCGAAUGGCUGGCCGAGCGUGGUGGCGGCAUGGCACAGCGAGGUUAAGGACUUCAAGUACGGAAACCAAGCUCAAAUGAGCGCCGACUUCAAGAAAAUCGGACACUAUACGCAGGUUGUCUGGGCCCAAACCGCUCGCGUUGGUUGUGCGUGGGUACAAUGCAAAGGAAAAUCGAAGGUGUACGGAUGUAAUUACGCUCCUGGUGGCAACUUGGGAAGCAGUCUUGGUACACCCUACAAGUCUGGCACAAGCUGCGCUGAUUGUGUUGGAAAAUGUAGCAACAAGUUGUGUGAUUGUGGCGGGAAGGUGUGCUACAACUAUGGCACGCUGGAUCUGAAGACAUGUGCCUGCAAAUGCAGCUCUCAGAGUGGUCUCUUCCUUGCGGACAAGAACUGUGCACUUAGCUGUGACAAAGCAGCAGACAACAACAAAGUCACCAGUUCAUCAACCACAUGUGCUGCUUUGGCUAAGAAGUCUACAAGACAGCAAGACUGCAGGAGUAACUACCGUUACAAAGCAUUGGCCUGCCCUUGGACCUGUGAUGUAUGCCCUUAUGCUGAUCAGGGCAGCCUCAAUUCAAGUGCAGCCAGGUCCAGUCAGUCAAUCAUCGGGUUCACUAUUACAUUCGCAGUGGCUCUCUUACCCUGCCUUCUUCUUAGGAUGCUAUAAGGAUGCAGGAUGAACGGAAGGAAAGAUGCAUAAAAAAACUCUUGGAUUUUUUAUUCAAUCAUCCAUUUCUAUAGUCAUGAAAAGAGAACAGAGAAGUAGGUUUUGUAAGAAAGUCAUUGUGAACUUAUAGUCUAGUCAUGAUAUUAUACUUAAAUAUUUUAUCUAUACAUUCCAAAAUACAACACAACACCCGGAUACAUUUGCACGCUUAUAGUCGAAGUAAGGAGGGAGCUUUUAUUCUUCACAAGGGGGGGUGGCAUACGGGCAAACGGAUAGUCCAGCUGCUAAGCUCCCAAAAAGGCAAGAAUUGUGCAUUUUAAUGGGGAAAGCAUGAAAUUUGGCAGGGUGGUAGAACAACCCCUGGGGGUCAUUUAUCGAUUAAGACCCUAAAUUUUUACGCCCCCUGGCGGUCGCCAUCUUGGAAUCCAAGAUGGCCGCCAUUACUUUAAAGAAUUGCGAAUACAAUAAAAGAAACGUGGCGAUAUGUAAAGGUGAAAGACUGUUGGUGAUCUUUUUGUGUUUGAUCGGCCGGUGUAACAUCUGUGGUUGUUUCCCAUGUGUCAGUGUUUCCAAACAAUAGGCAGCUAGAGAGACCACGACUUUUCAAUAGGGGGGAUACACAGAAAAACUUGUCAAUCUAUUUUUGAGCGUUCCCAAACAAUGAGGGGAAACACUCAAAAACAGAAACACUCAAAAACAUUACACCGGCAUUUGUUCGGCAGGAGAAACAUCGUUAGGUCCAGUUGUCACAACUAUUACGAUUUGAAAGAAGAUGAUGAUAGAUUGUAAACAGGCCUUGCAUGUAAUGGCAAUGAGAUCAAACUUAAUGGGUGACCAAACAUUUGUCGUUUCACGUCUUAAAGACCCUGAACUAUUUUGCCUAUAAAUCGUAUACUAUUUUUGCAUUAAAUCAUAUGUUAUACAUGUAUUUGUCAUAUAAUAUAUUUGGUGAGCUGUAGAGCUAUAUUCCACUGCGUACGUUUAUAUAUAGUUUAAUAGUAGAUUUGUUAGAAGGGUAGCAAGAACUAUACUGCUGACUUCAUCACUGUGAUGUCAGUUGCUGUACAUAAUAUUAAAGGAGUAAGCGGAUUAUCCCUUCAAUUUAUUUGUUCUUCUCCUGUUUCAUGAGUAGAAUUUGGUGAUGAAACUAUGACUGUGUUGUGGAAGGUGGUGACAUGGCAGCUGACAGUAUGGAACGCUGUUGAUUCGCCACCUGCUCCUUUGAGCGGGCGGUUCUGAGCUGCAUCAGACAAUCUCAACUAUUUCCACUUACGCCAUCUACAACUACAUUUGUAUAGAGGCUGUCAGUCACUUUGACCUUGACUAUGCAUGCUGUAAAUAUCAUGUAGUUUCUUUAAUGAAAUAAACAUCCAAGAGCUGAA